AUGCGCUGCUACAUCAUAGCCCUGAUCCUUCACAGCGUCAGCUUCUCUGUAGCAUAUCUUGAAGACUAUCAAACGCCUCACAUACCAGAGGAACAGAAGACCUUUAAUUGUGGGGAUAGAUUCUACGGCAGCUAUACAUUGGAUACAUACAGAGAUUCCUUCACAAGAUCUCCCAAUGAGUUUACAGCUAGCACCGCCAAACCAAGGAAAUUUAGUGAUAUCGUCUCAACACGAUACAUCCGCGAAAAAGUCAUGUAUCAUGAAGACCAAACUACAACCAUGCUUUAUCUUAUGCUCAUUUUCUCUAACACUGACUCAACACAUCUAACUGAAGACUUCCUCGUAUUCGACGACCAAAGGCGAAUGUGCGCCGUCAAGACCAAGAUUACAGCGAUUAGACUCGAAUCCCAAUAUAGCACAGGACCUUGGACCAAUCCUGUCCCUUACGAGACGUUAUGCGAGGUCGUGGUAUAA